ACGUCACGGGCAUAAAUGCAGAAGUGUAUGCUGUGUAUAUUCAUACGUGAUAUUUUUGUAAUCGGCUCGCAAUAAUUAUUGAAUACAUUGUUUUGAUUAAAAAUGGUAAAUAAAUUAGAUCCCGGUUUUGAAAAAGCUGAUACCACUAAUUUGCCAAAAAUAAAUGUGUUUAUGGUAUAUGAAUAUAUUACAAAUAAUGAGCGAUAUAAUGCACCUGAGGUUCGUGGAGUGAAAGCAACAUUAUCUUCAAGAGAGAAUUACGGAGACUCUGCAAUAGGUUAUGUUUGCGUAAAACGUGUAGGGUCAAUAUGCACAUUGAAAGGCAGAAUUUGUCCUGAACACCGAGUAAGAAGUAAAAAUUACACUGUAACGUUAACUGUAGAUGAAGUUAACGAACAAGUUAAAAAAGUAGAAUGUCUUGAUUGCGCUGCGUCAUUGGGUGGAUGUAAACACGGAAUUGCUUUUUUAAUGUGGGCAAACAGAAGAUAUGAAUCGCCAUCUCCAACAGAAGUGGAAUGUUACUGGAGGAAAUCAGCCUUAGCCAAAGUCGGAGAUACACACAAAUUUGUUUUGACUAGUGAAUUGAAAAAAAAAUCGAACGAUUCAGUUGAAGAUUUCGGUGAUAAUUCGACGUUUUUAAACAAAGUAAUUGAACAAGCUGCAGCCAAACAGUUAGAUAGCCAAUUAUCAAGACAUGCAUUUGAUUUAGAAGAGAGAAAAGUUCAUGCCUUGUCCAUACAUCAACUUAUAUUUAAUUUCAUACAAUCCGAUGAAAAAAUUUCAGUUGAUAAUUUUUUAAAUUUUUCAAUGCAAAAAUUCUCGCAAGAUUUAUGUCUUCAGGCUGAACAACAAACUAGGAGUCAAUCAAAUGAUAUUCUGUGGCACGAACUGAGAUUCGGAAGGGUUACUGCAUCUAAUGUUUUUGAAGCUAGUCGAUGUCGCACACCAAAUGGUAGUUUAGUAAAUCGAAUCAUAGGGGCAGCAAAAGUUUAUAACAGUGUUGAUAUGCAACGCGGCAAAAACUUGGAAGAAGAAGUCAUAAGUGAGAUUGAGAAAAUAUUAAAACUAUCAAUAAAUAAGUGCGGUAUGUUUCUAAUUCCAUCAUUACCUAUGAUAGGUGCUUCACCAGACGGAAUAAGUUCAGAAUUUGUGUUGGAAGUUAAAUGUCCAAGCUCUGAAAAAACUGUAGAAAAUUAUUUAAAAAAUGGUCAACUCAGUCAAAAGUGCAAAGCUCAAAUUAAUUUACAAAUGAUGGCUACUGACAAGAAGAAAGGACUUUUUUGUGUUGCAGAUCCGAAUUUUGAAAGAAAUAAAAAAUUUCAAUUUGUGUGGGUGAAAUAUGAUCAAAAUUUCACUAGUCAAAUAGUAAAAGAUUCUGUGGAUUUCUGGGAAAAAAAUAUUUUUCCUGUUUUAUUAAACUCGAUAAAAAGAUGA